CAGAUGUGUAACCAAAAGACUAUUAGCAUUGGCAGCGCCACUGAGGGCUUCCACCAUAAAAAUUAAGUCAACUGGGUGGGACUUCCAACUUUUGGCUGAUCCCUCCUGGUGGACCUGUCAUGUCCAACUGGGUCAUCAGGAGGGAUCAGACAACCGUGAAGAUAUCAAAUACAAUGGCUGGAAUGGUUGGUUAGGCAUAAGCAUACGUCCAGCAACCAAAUUAAGUAAAGGUUGUGUGUUCGAAUCUCAUCAUGGACAACUUUUGCAUUUGAGCUAAUUAGCAACUACUUACUACUUUUUAGUUACGUUGCAACUACUUAUCAUGUUAGUUAACGCUUACCCUAAUCCUAGCCAUUUGUACUUAAUGCAAUUCUUAACAUAUCAUACGAAGUGGUUGAUGGAUAUCCACAAAUUAGUACAUACUAGACGAAAUGUAACAUUAUGCUAUAGGUUCUCAGAUUUACUUACUGAAUAAUACGAAAUGCUCUGAGACCACGUUGCAACUGUCUGUAAACCAGACAGUUAUACCUUCGAUUGUAUCGGUGAUGUGUGCCGACAAAGUACAGAGGAAACCACUGCGGCUCAUCGCCGCUGCGUGCAACAUGGGAAUAGGACAAAAUGGACAGUUGCCAUGGCAUUUACCUUUGAGUGUUCUGUUUUUUGACGCAACAGUGAUUGUUAGCAUUAUUCAACCCCUCUGUGACCUGGUGGAGACCAUCUGGGUGGUGGGUGGCCCACAGGUCUAUCAGGAGGUCCUGAUGCAUCCCUGGUGUGACCUUGUCUACCUCACUGACAUCAUGGCUGACUUCCACUGUGAUGUCUUCUUCCCGCAGUUUGACCGAAGCAUUUUUAGAGAACAAGAGAGGUUUCCUGGAGUACCAAAUGAGAUUCAAGAGGACAAUGGGGUUACAUUUAAAUUUGAAGUUUUCAAGAGGAAGAUCUGUGGAGCUGAAUAA